AUGCCAGGGGAUGAGUUCUCAGAGGAUCACCUGCGUGUUCAGAAUGCCCAGGAUGAACACGAAGCUCAAUCACUACUCUCUACCUCAAGUGAGGAGCAAGAUCUAGCGUUCCACCCGGAGCCUCUUCCGUCGCUGAUCCCCCCGAGUAACGCGAUAAAUGGCAAACGCCACUCCUCAAUCUCUCAACCUACAGCCGAUGGAAAGCCCCGUACGCCACGGACCAUGAAUCGAGUUCGAUUUGACAUAGAGGAAGAACCCGAAGACUCCGAUCGCGUUUCAAUUGAGAGAACUCCUAGCCCAGACGAUAGUCCAGAUGACACGCUAUGGCUGGAGGAUGAAGACUAUGAACUUGAAAAUCAGGGCCCAGGGACACACCACAGUGGACAAUCAAUUCCUCUUCUCACAAACAUUGAAGCGCCUAGUGUGACGCUUGCAACAUCGGACGAUUUCUUCCCCGAAGAUCAUCUCGAAAAUGCGCGGCCGCGGAGUGGGAUGAAAAUGGCGUUCAUGAACAUGGCAAACAGCAUUAUCGGGGCGGGAAUCAUUGGGCAACCUUACGCGCUCCGUCAAGCAGGUAUGACAACGGGCAUCUUGCUGCUGUCUGCCUUGACCAUCACAGUAGACUGGACCAUCCGAUUGAUUGUGAUCAACUCUAAAUUGAGUGGGGCCGAUUCUUUUCAGGCAACUAUGCAGCAUUGCUUCGGGAAAAGCGGUCUCAUUGCAAUCUCGGUUGCGCAGUGGGCAUUUGCAUUCGGCGGCAUGGUCGCAUUCUGUAUUAUUGUUGGCGAUACUAUUCCACACGUUCUAGGUGCUUUGUUUCCGUCUCUUAGGGAUAUGUCUUUCCUGUGGCUCUUCACAGAUCGCCGGGCCGUUAUCGUUAUCUUUGUUCUAGUUGUUUCAUACCCAUUGUCUUUGUACAGAGACAUCGCCAAGCUGGCGAAAGCAUCCGCGUUGGCAUUGAUCAGCAUGAUAGUCAUUGUCGUUGCGGUCAUAAGUCAGGGAUUUCGGGUCCCGCCUGAAUCGCGCGGAGAGAUCAAAAGCCACCUCAUAUUCAACACUGGCUUUUUCCAGGCUGUCGGGCAUUUGUUUGUCGUAUGUUCCAUUCUUAUCCAACUGAUAUCACAAUCGCUAAUUUCCACAGACCACAACAGUCUUUUGAUCUACGGCUCAUUGAAAAGACCGACACUCGACCGCUUCACCCGGGUCACACAUUACUCGACAGGAAUCUCUCUGGCGAUGUGCCUAGCAAUGGGUAUCGCAGGGUUCCUGUCCUUCGGGUCUAAAACCCAGGGCAACGUUCUGAACAACUUUCCAUCAGACAAUAUCGUCGUCAACAUCGCGCGAUUUUGCUUUGGCCUCAACAUGUUGACCACACUACCCCUUGAAGCGUUCGUCUGCCGUUCCGUCAUGAUAACCUACUACUUCCCCGACGAACCACACAACCCCGUUCGACACAUUGUUUUCACAACGGCGCUGGUAGUGACUGCGAUGAUUCUGUCCUUGAUAACCUGCGACUUGGGAAGUGUGUUCGAGCUCAUUGGCGCAACCAGUGCUGCUGCUCUAGCCUAUAUAUUCCCUCCUCUCUGUUACAUCAAGCUUAGCAGUGCUUCACGACGAGAGAAGAUUCCAGAGUAUCUAUGUAUUUGCUUCGGGGUAGUUGUGAUGGGCGUCAGUGUAGUGCAGGCGGUCGUCAAGAUCAUUCGGAAUGACGGCGAGGCUCAUAGUUGCAGUGCACCUUAG